AUGGAGUCUUGUAGACCUGCAAACCCCCCCAAUCCGGAGUCGGGCGAGUCAGCCCCUCCCCCCGAUCUGGAGAAUAUGCCCGUAGAGCUGUUCUGGCAGAUGGCGCAGCACCUCCCGGUUGAAACCCUGACCAGCCUCCGCACCGUAUCCCGGAAGGUAAGCGCCAAGGCACUGCAGCCCUUCGCGCAGUGCGGCUUGCGCACUCUGUCGAUGACCCUCGAUGCGCGGGGCUACGACAAGGUGGACGAGAUCGCCAACCACGAGUUCUACCACAGAUUCCCCCAGCGGCUGGCCGUGUAUCCGCCGGAAGCCCCGUGCGACAGCUUCUGGACGGAUGCGGCGCUGCGCAAGCUGGGCCAGACCCUGGAGCACCAGCUGGCGCGGUGCCGGGAGAUGGUGCUCUACUACGGCGCGCCGGACCAGGCGGACCGGAUGGACGACAUGCUGAGCCUGCACGCGCUGUGCCGCAUGCUGGCCGUCAGCCAGAUCCCGCUCCGCUACCUGGUGCUGUUCCGGCGACAGGCGCCCGAGCGCCGCGCGAUCCAGCUCCUCGACUGGCCCCAACCGUACCUGCCGCCAAACAUCUCGGGCAUCUGGACCGAGCUGCGCCAGCUGCACGUCUACGAGCCCGAGGACAACGGCGCCAUCGAGUACCUGCGGGUGUUACUGCCGGAGAUCCUGCAGAACGCGUCGCAGCUCGAGGAGUUCAAGCACGUCGUCUCGCCGCGAGUGUUCUUUCGCUCCUACGUGAUCCCCCUGCGCUGCGCGAUCUGGGCCGGCGAGGAUCCGUCGCUGCGUACGCCCGCGCCGCUCAAGCGGGUCGAGGUCGCGGGCUCGUACAUCAACCUCGAGGACCUGAUGGGGUGGCUGGGAAGGUACGGCCCGACGCUGGAGCGCGUGCAGAUCUGCGUGACGUACGCCCACGGCAGUGCUACGCUGUGGUCGGAGGUGCUGAAGCAUAUGAAGGAGGUCUGUCCCGUGCUGCAGUAUGUGUCGGUCGUGACGUGCCGGCGGUCGCUGGGCUGCGUGGAGUCGGAGGACCGGGGCCAGAUAUUGGAGGCACUGGACCGGAUGAUUGAGACGGCGGAACAUGCGGGCAUUUAG